CACGAGCGAAAAGCAAAAGUAGUUCUUUCGACAAACCCCAUUGUGGCCUAUCAACACAGAGCGUGGCCACAACGAUAUAGCUUUGCCAAAGAAUGAGCAUUGGCGGUCCUAUCUUUUCGUUGACUUGGUUCGGACGAAUAUGCCCUUGUUUGGAAAAGGAAGAAGACAAGACCGGCCGACAAGCCGUCAUCCACGUCAACGAUGUUGGCCAGAGAAUUUCCUGGAACACGAAAGGCAGUGAACAGCAACCGAAAAGCUUUUCGCUAGGGAACCUCUUCGGUGGCGGGGGUUCCGGUGGGGCCAACUCUGGAGAAAAGGGAAUGGUUGCUGCCAAAUUGCUAAUACGAGACAAUGACGAAGGUUCGCCGGAAAUUUAUGUGGAUCCAUUGCCACCCCCUUCUGGACAAAGCGUGGGGUACAAACUGAACAUCGCGCUCCGAAGGAUCGAUCGAGUAUCGACGGACCCCAGUACCGGCCAAAUCUCCCUCCUCGCAAAGGCACCACCGGAUAAGAAGCAGUCACCAAAAACGCUACUCAAUUUUGUUUUAUUACAAGUCUCCGGAGAUAUGCCUAUCAAAGACGAUGAGCGUAAUUUGUUUGUGCAUAACAUGUCGGUACUCGUGGAAUGGGAACGACAGCGACGAACCGCCGCCAAUAUUGACGACGACGAUGACGAAGAGGACCAGCCGAACUUUCUACAGGCCAGGGCUCAAAAGGCUACACAUUUCGCUAAAAGAGAGAUUGAACUUCAGCAGGCCAAACGGUCACGAGAAGAGCGCAAAGCCAAAUUUGUCGCGGAAAGCGGGGGUCUGAAAUACACCGCAUUGGCCAUGGCGAGUCGUAUAGACGGCUGA